AUGUAUAUAACACGUGCUUUCAGAAAGGUUGACUUUAUACUUCAAGUCGAGAUAGAAAAUGACGAACAGUCUUUAAGCGCCCAAAACAUUCACAUAUACAAAUACUUUAAAGACGAUACAACAUUGCAACAAUGUAUGAUUUCAUUUAAUGAGAUGUUCGAGAAAAAGUUCAACAUUGAAGUACAAACUUUACAGCCUUUACGUGAGUUUCUUGCACAACUGAAAGAAGAAGGUAGUCAGCCACAACUUAUAGACUUUCAUUAUGAAUUUAAUGAAAAUGAAGAUGGAACUCAUGACUGUCAGUUUGUUAUAUUCUCACCAUUCAAUGAAGUAGCUAAAGAGAAAGAAAAUCCAUUACGUAUAAGAUUUCAAAUCUCUGAACCAAGUGAUGAUUUCAAGAAUGUUUUCAAUUAUGAUGCAAUGCUUCCGAGGAAAAAUGAAUUUUCAAAGAUUGUAACACCUGGCAUUUGGGAUAGAAAGCAAGCUAUAUUAUAUUCAAACUUAAGUAAGGGAGUUGAAAAUGAGUUCAUUGGUCAUACAAGAACUUCACCACUUCCUAACCCUAAAUACUAUAAAUUAACUGGCUUCAAUCGUGA